GUGUUGACGGACGAUUCCGUUUGAUCUUUGCUGCCGGCCAUUGUUGGUCCGUUUCUGCUGGAGAAAAGAAGCUAUUUGAAAAUCCGGCAAAAAUUUUUGUGCUUCGAGCUCCAGAGUGUCCGAACCCACCACCACCAUGGCAGCCGGAAGCCGCGUUUGGCUGCCGCUGCUUUUGUUUACGCUGUGUUGCCUCUAUCGGCGGACGGUCAGCGUCGACCGGAACAACUUUAAAACCUGCGAACAGAGCAGCUUCUGCCGGCGACUCCGCCACACGGAACCGGCCGUGAGCAAGUUUGUGGUGCUGCCGGAAACGCUGCAAACUUACAAACAGUACAUUCUGCUGGACCUGCAGCACUCGGAAUCGAAGCACCUGUUUGUGCUGAAACUGGCCGCCGUUCGGGGAGGAAUUUUCCACUUCCAGAUCGACGAGAAGAGUCCGCUGAGCGAGCGAUACCGCGUGCUGGAUGCGCUGGCCAAGGAACCGGAGUAUGUAAAUGUUAAGGUUGAAGGAGGUUCGUCGGGAUCGACGAUUACCGUUACGGUGGACGGUGGAACCAGCCGGGCGGUUGUGACGUUGGCUCCGUUCAAGAUUGACUUCUACAACGGAGACAAGCUGGUCGUGGCUGCGAAUUCCAAGGGAAUGAUGGAGUACGAGCAGCUGCGACGGAAGGAAGCCAAGCCGGAAGCUCCGCUGGAGGAGGAAGGUCACGAGGGACAGGAAAAUGAGGUGCAAGAAGUGAAGGAAGAUCCAGGCACGUGGGAAGAAAACUUCAAAGGACAUCACGACUCGAAGCCAAACGGACCGGAAGGUCUCGCGAUGGACUUCAGUUUCCCACAGGCAAAGGUUCUGUACGGUAUUCCGGAGCACGCUGACUCUUUCGCUCUGAAGCACACCGUCGGCAAGACAGAUCCGUACCGACUUUACAACCUGGACGUGUUUGAGUACGAACUGGACAACGGAAUGGCCCUGUACGGAGCGGUUCCUGUGAUCUACGGCACAGGGCCAUCGUCUACGGCCGGAGUCUACUGGCAAAACGCCGCCGAAACGUGGGUUGACAUUUUCGCUCCCGAGCAGGAGAAGAACGUCAUGUCAUCGAUCGUGAAACUUGUUUCGGGUUCGUCCGAUGAGGAACCGCCGGUGGCUAACUUUAUCUCCGAAAGUGGAAUCGUCGACGUGUUUAUCUUGACCGGCCCGUCUCCGCUGGAAGCGUUCCGACAAUACACCGAGCUUACUGGAACGGCUCCCCUUCCGCAGAUGUAUGCCAUCGCUUAUCACCAGUGCCGCUGGAACUACAACGACGAGCAGGACGUGACGACGGUUUCGGCCAAGUUCGACGAGCACGACAUCCCGAUGGACACCAUGUGGCUCGACAUCGAGUACACCGAGGGUAAGAAGUACUUCACCUGGGAUCACCACAAGUUCCCCCAUCCGCUGGAGAUGAUCCGCAAUCUGACGGAACGUGGCCGCCACCUGACCGUCAUCAUCGAUCCGCACAUAAAGCGUGACGGCAGUUACUUCUUCCACAACGAUUGCACCGACCGUGGCUACUACGUGAAGAACAAGGACGGCAACAUCUACGAGGGUUGGUGCUGGCCCGGGGCCGCCAGUUACGCGGACUUUUUCAAUCCGGAAGUGCGCAAGUACUACGCCGACCAAUAUCUGCUGGAGAACUUUAAGGAAUCCACCGCCGAGGUGGGUAUCUGGAACGACAUGAACGAACCGUCGGUUUUCAACGGGCCGGAAAUUACCAUGCUGAAGGACAACCUGCACCACGGCGGGUGGGAACACCGCGACGUGCACAACCUGUACGGCCACAUGCACAUAAUGGCCACGUACGACGGGCUGAUUCGGCGGAGCGAAGGUGCCCUUCGUCCAUUCAUCCUCUCCCGGUCCCACUUUGCCGGCAGUCAGCGUUACGCUGCCGUCUGGACCGGUGACAACAUGGCCGACUGGGGCCACCUGCAGGCCUCGAUCAAGAUGUGCCUGUCGCUGUCCGUGGCGGGAAUCAGCUUCUGCGGUGCCGACGUCGGUGGCUUCUUCGGCAAUCCGGACGGUGAGAUGUUCUACCGGUGGUACCAGAUCGGCGCUUUCCAGCCGUUCUUCCGGUCGCACGCCCACAUCGACACAAAACGGCGCGAACCGUGGCUGUUCCCCGAGGACGUCAAGUUGAUCAUCCGCGAUGCCAUCCGGAAGCGGUACCGACUGCUGCCACUGUGGUACACCAUGUUCUACGAGCACGAACGCUCCGGUCUGCCCAUCAUGCGUCCGAUGUUGGCCCAAUAUCCGGCUGACACGAAAGCCUACGCCAUCGACAGUCAGUUUCUGCUCUCUGAUAAGCUGCUCGUCGCUCCGGCGCUGAAGGCGGGCCAGACCAAGGUCGACGUGUACUUCCCAGCGAAGGAAAACGGCGAAGCGGACCUGUGGUACGAUGUGGACAACCAUCGGAAGUACUCCACCGUCGGAUACGAAACGCUCUCCGUCGAUAGCUACAAGGUGCCCGUGUUCCAGCGAGGUGGCACCAUCGUCCCACGCAAGGAACGAAUCCGUCGUGCGUCAACGUUGAUGAAGGACGAUCCGUACACGCUUGUGGUGGCCGUGGACAAGAAUGGCGCGGCCAAGGGAACGCUCUACAUUGACGAUGAAACCAGCUUCGAGUAUCGCUCCGGAAAGUACCUCUAUCUGGAGUUUGAGUUCAAGGAUGGCGUUCUUAGUUCAAGAAAAAUCGACACAACCGCCAGCUACCCCACCAAGAGCUGGCUGGAGCGAGUGGUUCUGGUUGGCCUCUCGAAGGCACCAAAGUCGGCCACCCAGCACUUGUCUAGCGGGGAAUCAUCCGAGCUGGACGUUUACGCCGAUGAGGGCGGUGCGUUUGUGGUCCGCAAGCCGGGCGCAUCGAUGCAGGACAGCUGGUCGAUCAAGCUGAAGUACUGAAAGUAAACACAUUCAUCGUGCGUUCGUUGGAAGGCAAAAUAAAAACUCAUUUUAGU